CCUCUUCAUCUUGCUGCACAUUGUCCACUCCUACCAUCGAGAUCGUCUCCGCGCUGUGUCUCAGGACAGAAAGAACACUGUUAGUUCCAUUUGCAGUAACAGAAGAGUUUGGAGAUGCAAACAAUGAAGGAAACUGCUGCUAACGUCGCCGCCGCAGCAAAAUCAGGCAUGGAAAAGACCAGGGCCACCGUUCAAGAAAAGAUGGAGAGAAUGACUGCCGACAGCCCUCAAGAAAAAGAAAUGGCAACUGCAACAAAGGAAGACAUAUUCCACAACGCAGACCUCAAAAAGCAAGACGCCUUCGAGCAGAACGCCGCCGCCAAGGAGUCUGGCGGGUCGUAUUCCUACUCCACCACUGGGGAUGUGGGGCAGCCCACCGGCGGUCACCAGAUGUCGGCGUUGCCUGGCCACGGCAGUGGAGAGCCGGCGGGGCAGGUGGUUGAGGGAACCAUCAAGUCCCAUCCUAUAGGAAAGGCCACCGGCACAGGGAGGCCGACCACCGCGCAUAACACACAUGUGGGGGCUGGAGCAAAUCAGGGUUAUGGCACCGGUGGUGCUUAUAGUGGUUAAUAAAAUUAAAAAGAUCAGACUAAUGGGAUCCAGCCGUAUGAAAUCUGCUCACGGAAGUGUUUGUUUUUAGUAGGCUUUCAUGAGAAUGAGUUUGUGUUGGGGUUUGUUGUUUCAGUUUUCACAUUUUUUAUUUUAUCGUGCACUUAAAAUUU